AUGACGAAAGAAACUGGAAACAAGAUGGAUUUCUUUGGGGGACUUAUGGAGGCAUUUAAAGAACAAAGGCACGUCGAUGUAUGGCUCAAAGCAGGGGACCAAACCGAUGCAAUCCCUGCCCACAAACUUAUUUUGGCUGCAAGAUCGAAGGUGUUUAGGAACAUAUUGGAAGCUGAUGAUCGCAAAGCUUCGUCGAAAGAGACAAUCACUCUUUCAGAGAUGACAAAGGGUGAGCUUGAGACGUUUCUUGAGUUCAUGUACAAUGGUUCGCUUCCGGAUACAAAACUGGUGCAGCACGUCCAUAGUCUCUACCUAGCUGCAGAGAAAUACGAGAUUCCAUACCUCCAAGCUACCUGCAGAAGCCAGAUCAUCGAUUCCAUUGACUCAUCAAGUGCAUUCGACGUCCUUGACCUUGCAGAGAUUCACUCAGACGAGAUCCUCGAAGGUGCUGUCUCUGAGUUUAUCUCAUCAAACAUGGAAGAGAUUGCAUUCUCGAGUAAGUUCCUGUCGUUUGUGGAGAGUAAUCCGGCUCUUACUGUCCAAACGAUAAGGGAUCAUUUCGAUAAACUCAGAAAUGAAUAA